AUGGAGACGUGUUUAAGUCCUUCUGUGGUGCUGGUCUCUGUGGUUCUUGUCUUGGGGGUUUUGGUCCUGGUGUUGCUAGUGGUUCUGGUCCUGGUGUUGCUGGUGGUUCUGGUCCUGGUGUUGCUGGUGGUUCUGGUCCUGGUGCUGGGAAUCAGUGAGGACAUGGAGCGUCGUCAGAGUCUGGAGGAUCAGCUCAGGUGUCCCGUCUGUCUGGACGUCUUCUCUGAACCACUGAUGUUACAGUGUGGACACUCCUACUGCAGGUGUUGUGUGCGCUCCAUGACGAUGGACCUGCUUGGUCAGCUGCAGUGUCCCGUGUGUCGCUGUGCUGUAGACGGAGACAGUCCUCCUCCCAACGUCAGUUUGGCUCGAAUCAUUGAUGCUCUGCAGGAAGUGAGUGUUUCAGGUGGAGCUCAGCCAGAGUCAUGUCCUCAGCACCACAACCCGCUCAGCCUUUACUGCGAGGACGAACGGACGGUGAUCUGUGGCCUUUGUGGAAGCAUCGGCGCUCAUCGCGGACACAAGAUAACACCUGUGAGCUCCGUCUACAGCCGUAUGAAGGAGGACAUUUCCUGUCUGAUGACAGAGUUCCAGAAUCAGAAACGUAAACUGGAAGAUCAGAUCUGUAAAAUGGCGUACAACAAAUCCAGAAUCACGAAUGAGUCCGACGUGCUGAAGUGGGUGGUGAGGAAGGAGUUCGGCGAGCUGCGGCGCUGCCUGGAGGUGGAGGAGGCCGGGUUCAUGCAGCAGGUGGAGACGUCAGCCGCCGCCCUCAUCUCGUCCCUCCAGAACCAGACGGACCAGUUAAACCUGAACCUGAACCGGCUGCAGGGGGCCCAGAACACCCUGCAGGACCUGAGCAAUGAGGGACACCUGGACUUCAUCAUGAAGUACGGAUCCAUCGCUCCGAGGUUCAGAGAGAUUCAGAAGCUCCAGCAGAAGGAGGAGAGGAUCUUCAGCUCUGUGAAUUUUAAAACUGGUUUCAACCACAACGACAUUAAACUCACCGUGUGGAAGAGACUGCAGAGAAAAAUCCUGCCAGCUCCAGAGCUGUUGAGGCUGGAUCCUCUGACUGCUCACCCGAUGUUGGAGCUCCAUCACAGGGACACGAUGGUGGGCUGUGGGGUUCUGCUGCGGAGGCUUCCUGAUAAUCCAGAGAGGUUCAGUUACAGUUACUGCGUCCUGGCCAACCGAGGCUUCUCCUCUGGGAAACACUACUGGGAGGUGGAGGUCGCCCACAAACCUAAAUGGCGUCUAGGUUUGAUCAAAGGAACGACCAAUCGUAAGGCCAAGCUGGGGAAGAAUCCGGAGAGUGGAGUGUGGUUGAUUGGCCUGAAAGACGGAGUGUAUGAAGCCUUCACUUCACCCAGGGUGGUGCUGCCGGUGUCGCCGCCCCCCCGCCGGGUGGGAAUCUUCCUGGACUAUGAGGGCAGAUGUUUGACCUUCUAUAACAGCGACAGUCCCGACGAGCUGGGCUCUAUCUACAGCUUCAGGCUGGAGGUCCAGGGGAAGGUUUACCCCCUGCUGGACGUGUGCUGGCACGACCGAGGACACAACAAACACCCCCUGGUCCUCCCCCAGCCUCACCCGGAGCACCUCCUCCCACAGCCCCAGAAACAGGACCACAAGUGUAGCGGCUCAGAGACGUAACAGGCUUAAAGACAGCCGCGGUAAGACACACUGAGGUCAGGAAACUGAAGAGCACCGCCAGGAAAAAACUGCAUCAUCCCUGAAAAUACUCCCCUAAGACUGCACCACAUCAGACCUGAAUCCACAUCAGACCUGAAUCCACAUCAGACCUGAAUCCACAUCAGACCUGAACCCACAUAAGACCUGAGUACCAGUCCAGAGUCCGGAGUUCGGAGUUCGGAGUUCGAGGUCCAGAGUCCAAAGUCCAGAGUUCAGAGUUUAAAGUCCAGAGUCCAAAGUCCAAAGUUAAGAGUAUAGAGUCUAAAGUCCAGAGUUCGGAGUCCAGAGUCCAGAGUUCAGAGUUCAGAGUUCAGAGUCCAGAGUUUAGAGUUUAGAGUUUCGAGUCCGGAGUUCGGAGUCCAGAGUCCGUAGUUCAGAGUUCAGAGUCCAGAGUUUAGAGUCCAGAGUUCAGAGUUCAGAGUCCAGAGUUCAGAGUCCAGAGUCCAGAGUUCAGAGUUCAGAGUUUAGAGUUCAGAGUUCAGAGUUCAGAGUUCAGAGUUUAGAGUUUAGAGUUCAGAGUCCAGAGUUUAGAGUCCAGAGUUCAGAGUCCAGAGUUCAGAGUUCAGAGUCCAGAGUUCAGAGUUCAGAGUCCAGAGUCCAGAGUCCAGAGUCCAGAGUUCAGAGUUCAGAAUCCAGA